UACGAGGGGGAGGGGAGGCGGGCAGCGCGCACUCGCGCGUGCGUGAGCUGGCGCGCGAGAAAGCGCUCGGUCGCGCCGAGGCUCGAGCGGCCGUCGCCAUUUUGUAGGGUUCUCUCUGACGCGGGACCCGCCGCCACCGCCGGCACCACCCGGAGGCUCUUGUCAGGAUGGUGAAGCUGUUCAUUGGAAAUCUGCCCCGGGAGGCCACAGAGCAAGAGAUCCGCUCACUCUUCGAGCAGUACGGGAAGGUGCUGGAAUGUGACAUCAUUAAGAACUAUGGUUUUGUGCACAUAGAGGACAAGACGGCCGCUGAGGAUGCCAUACGCAACCUGCACCACUACAAGCUGCACGGAGUGAACAUCAAUGUGGAAGCCAGCAAGAAUAAGAGCAAAGCUUCAACCAAGUUACAUGUGGGCAACAUCAGCCCCACUUGUACCAACCAAGAGCUUCGGGCCAAGUUUGAGGAGUAUGGCCCAGUCAUCGAAUGUGACAUCGUGAAAGAUUAUGCCUUUGUACACAUGGAGCGGGCAGAGGAUGCAGUGGAGGCCAUCAGGGGCCUUGACAACACAGAGUUUCAAGGCAAACGAAUGCAUGUGCAGUUGUCAACUAGUCGACUUCGGACUGCCCCUGGGAUGGGAGACCAGAGUGGUUGCUAUCGGUGUGGGAAAGAAGGACACUGGUCCAAAGAGUGCCCAGUAGACCGUACAGGGCGUGUGGCAGACUUUACUGAGCAAUACAAUGAACAGUAUGGAGCAGUGCGCACGCCCUAUACCAUGGGUUAUGGGGAAUCCAUGUAUUACAACGAUGCCUAUGGAGCACUUGACUACUAUAAGCGCUACCGGGUCCGAUCUUAUGAAGCUGUGGCAGCAGCCGCUGCAGCUUCUGCAUACAAUUAUGCAGAGCAGACCAUGUCUCAUCUUCCUCAAGUCCAGAGCUCAGCUGUACCCAGUCACCUCAACUCCACUUCUGUUGAUCCCUAUGACAGACACCUAUUGCAGAACUCCGGCUCAGCUGCCACCUCAGCAGCCAUGGCUGCCGCCGCCUCUUCCUAUUAUGGAAGGGACAGGAGCCCACUACGUCGGAAUGCAGCUGUGCUCCCUGCAGUUGGAGAGGGUUACGGUUAUGGGCCAGAGAGUGAGAUGUCUCAGGCUUCAGCAGCGACACGGAAUUCUCUGUAUGACAUGGCCCGGUAUGAGCGGGAGCAGUAUGUGGACCGAGCACGGUACUCAGCCUUUUAAAAACUGGAGGUGUGAACCUCAAAUGGACUGAAUAACCCUGAGUUGGUUGCAGUCCCAGGAGCCUGAUGUUAAUGAGGCUGCCAGGAUGAAAUACUCUACAACUGUUGGGGAUCCAAAUUCGGGUCUCACCCUAACAGAACUGAUCCAAGAACAUCACAGCUUUUGAAGUCGAUUGGCACAGAUCAAGACCAAGAUUUGGCCCUGUGUCUGUAUUAAGUAGAGGAGCUUGGUGUGAGUUAACUUUUUUUUUCCCCCAGCCAUUGGUGUCUGGAGUUCCCAUCAUCAAUGGAGGAAUUAGACAGUCCUAGCAGUGGUUUCUUCUUUUGAUUUGUCAAGGGAUAUUUGGUCAAUUAGAAAACUACUGCAACUAUGGUUCUGAACUGACAGUGUGACAUGUAGAUAACUUAAAGGGUGAAUGACCAGCUGUUCUUUGAGACUCUAGUCUUUGUGACUAUGUUUUUUUGAAUGUUUUCUUUGGAACAUUUGUAAUAGUAAAAUUGGGCUGGGCAUGGGUGGUGGAUGCCUGUAAUCCCAACUACUUAGGAUUGCUUUAGAACAGAAGUUCAUGGUUAUUGUGGGCAACAUAAUUAAAUCCCAUCUCUUAAAAAGGAAAAGAGAGAAGCUGACUAUAUCUGAUUAUCUUACCAUCGUUUGCUUUUUUUCCUGGACAAAAUUCCUACAAAAUUAAUCUGUAUCUAUUGAAAAUUUAUACCUUCUUUGAAGCAGUGGUAGCCUUCUACUACAGGGGUUACCUAAGUUAAGACAGGAGAGAGCUGAGUUUGCAUCUUGUGCAGCAUACAGCUCUAAGCAGGUUCCUAGAUGUAGCUAUUAGACUCCUGGGUGAUUUUGUGGGAUACACAUUCAACCCAGUCUGACUUGAUUUUGUUUUGUUCUUUGUUUCUCCCUCUCCCCCCCUGGAAUACAGGACGGGACCAGGGCCCUUGUACUCGGAACCAGGCUGCUCUCCAGGCAUUGUGUAAGCCUCUUGUGUUGUGCUUUCUUUCAGGUAGGAUAAUUGCGGACUGAACCCUCGGGCUGCGGUCAUAUAUGAGAACUUGGUCCUCGCGGUCCCCUUUGCCGGGAUGUUUCCAUUGCUUCAUGUUUCAGUAAACAAAGGAAUUUGUGACCAACUAUGUUUUUCUUCUUAAUUUAAUUCUAAGUUGACUUCUUUCCUCGAUGCUAGUUGUCUGUAGCCUUUCACUGUUCCUUAUAUUCUCAGCCUCUGAACAGCCCUAGGUAAGGAUUAUGCUGGCAUCCCCCCUUUCCUGUACAGUGGAGCCCCUCUUAAUCUCGCUUUCCCUAAGAGUUGAGCCCUUUGUCCCUGCCUUCCUGCAGCAUCUCCUUUCCCUUUAAAAUGACCAUGUAGUGGCAGGCAGCCUUUAACUCUUCUGUUAGCUCUGGCCUCUAACACUGAAGCUAAACUUCUGAAGUUGCUAGGACCAUUGGGGUUUUGUUGUUGUUUUGGUUUGAUUUUUGUUUGUUUGUUUGUUUUCCCGGUUUUGUCUGACCUGUGAUCGUGGUAUAGCAUUAGCUGAAAUUUAGCCUUGUUUUAUUCCACUCCUCCCUUUUUUUUUUUUUUUUGGACAAAUAAAUGUUUCUAACACUUAAUCUUUUCCUAAUUGAGUGACUGUUAUUUACCACUAGUGUCUUCUGAUUCUUUCCCAGUUGUGCUUGAGCUAUAGAAUUCAAAUAAGUGAAUGCCUAAAAUGUAGAAGGAAGUUGAAUAGAACACUAUGGUUUCAGAAAUAGACAGCUGAGCCAGGUUGGUUUGUGUCUUGAGACACUGGUCACUUUCGUAGAGCUGGUGGUCAGGCCCCUUUCUCCAGGACCCAGCGCACUAGUGAUAGAAGCCCCACAGGAAAUCCUGUCAUAAGAAGGCUAAGCUAGAGUAUCUAGUAAAUCUUAUCAAGUGGACUUAAUUUAACAGCAUAGUGUGCUGGACAGCUUGCUCACUGUUUAGAAGCAAGCAAUUCAGUUCCCAGCACCCACAUGGUGGCUUACAACCAUCUCUAUAUACCUCCAGUUCCAGGUGAUCUGUGAUGCCCUCUUCUGAGCUCAUCAGGCAUAUAUACAUCAGGCAUCAUACAUAUAUACAUACAGCCACUUAUACACUCACAAAAAAAUUUUUAAAUAUUUUUUAGAGAACAAACAUUUUAGGCUUGGAUUAACACCCUCCCCAUAGGCUUGAUAAAAAAAUCUCCCUGCCCCACCCCCCACACGAUCACUCUCCCUUUCACCACUCCAGUGUUUUGAGACAAAUUGUCCCUACGUGGCCCUGGCAUGUGCCAUACAGAGCAGACCAGUCUCAUACUUGUUUUGAUCCUCCUGCCUCUGCCUCUGAAAUCUUGGGAUUAGACGUAAAUCAUCAUUUCUGGAUGUGUUAUCCUAUGUUUACAGUGGGAAGGAGGAGGGCUGGAAAGAUGGCUCAGCAGUAACAGCACUGAGUGCUCUUCUAGAGGAUCUGGGUUUGAUUCCCAGCACCCACAUUGGUGGCUCACAACUGUUUGUAACUUCAGUUCCAAGGAAUCUGAUGUCCUCUUCUGACCUCCAAGGGUACUGCAUGCAUGUGGCAAAACAUCCAUAUACAUAAAAAUCUCAAAAACUUAUUUAAAAAAAAAAAAAGGCUAGGCAUAUACCUCCAUGGUAAAGCACAAAGCUCAGGGUCAGUUUCCUGUUUCUCCCCACCAACAAAAGCAGAGGGAGGGGGUUAUUCAUAUAAACUGACUUAGGAGCUCUUAAAAAUGACUUCUCAAAGUAUUAAUAUUUCUGCUAGGAUCAUGCUUUAGCUAAAAUGAGUGUAAGAUUGAUUUUGGCGGGGGGUGGGUAUGGGAGGAUUAGUUUUUAAGACAGGAUCUGUAGUUGACACUGGUCUUGAAAUCACUAUGUAGCUGACACUUUGAUUGACCUCCUAAUCCUACCCCUUUAACCUCUAAUGUGCUAGGAUUACAGGUAUGCACCACUACACCUGGGUCAGUAAGGCAGUUUUGCUGGAUCAGAACAUAUACUUUAAACAGAGAAGGAAAUAGGCUGAGUCCAGCGCAUAUACCUGUAAUUCCAGCACUCAAUAUAAGAGUUACGAUUAUCAAAAGCUGGAGAUCAGCUUUAGUUACAUAGCAAAUGAAGCUAGCCUGAGCUUUUGAGACCAAUUUCAGAAAAACUCAACCAUUUCUCCAGCCUCCCUUAAUUUUUUAAGUUUUAUUUAUUUAUGGGGGGGGGGGGGGAGGAAGGGAAGAGAGAGAGAAUGUGUGUGGGUGCCUGAGUGCCAGUGCAGGAGCACUCAGGUCAGAAGAAAAUUUUCAGAGGUUGUUCUGUCCCUUCCACCAUAGGUUCUAGGGAUCAGGCUUCUGCAGCAAAUGCCUAUCUCAAUGGCCCUUCUAAAAAAUUUUAAAUUAAAAAAAAACAAAGUUGGGCGAAGGCAGGUGCAUCUGAAUUCGAGGCCAGCCUGGUCCACAAAGUGAGUUACAAGAUAGCCAGAGCACACAAAAACUCUGUCUCAAAAAAGCAAAAAUAAAUAAUCUUUUUUUUUUUAGGGGGGGAGUGGUGUCUUGUAUAUGUAUACACACAGGCUGAAAUAAGAGGUCAAUACAGGUUAUUUAGCUAAAUUAGCUGGCCAACCAGUCCUGGGAUCCUCUUGUCUCCCCUUUCUACAUCUUCCCAACUCUGGUGUUCACCUCAGCACCCAGUUUUUCUCAGAGUCCUAGGGAUCUGACCUCUGGUCUUAUGGGUGAGCAAUAAGCACUUUAAUUGUUGAGACAGGGUAGCCUAGCCUCACCUCAGGCUCACUAUAUAGCUUUAGAGGACCUUCAUCUCCUGAUCAUCCUGCCUCCUGAGUGCUGGAAUUAUAUGCAUGUACCACUGCACCUAGUUCUAUGCAGUCCUGGGGAUCAAACCAAGGGCUUCAUGUGUAGUGUGCAAGUACCCUACCAACUGAGCCACAUCCCCAAUUUAAAAAAUUUUUUUCAAGAGUUUCAAUUACCCUAGAGUGGCCUCUUAACUUGCAAUAUGGCUAAGGCUGGCCUUGAACUCCUGAUUCUCCUGCUUCUAAUCUCCCAAGUGGUAGAAUUAAAGGCAUAAGCCUCUAAAACCAAUCCUGAGUUGCUUUUUGUUGGUUUUUUCCUUCUUCCAUGAGACAGGGUUUUCUCUGUGUAGCCCUGGCUGUCCUAGAACUCUCUCUGUAGACCAGGCUGGCCUGGAACUCAGAGAUUCUCCUGCCUCUGCCUCUCCAGUGCUGGGGAUGAAAUGUGUACACCACCACCACUUGGCCCAAGAAAAAUUUUUAAUCAAUACUUUGAAGGUCUUUAGCGCCUAUAUAUUAAAACUGAAUGAUGGAACAAACCUUGCUUAAGUUUUACUGUCACCUAUACAGAAAUGGUGGCAUGAACAUUCUGAUUACAUUCGAAAUUUUCCUCUUUUAGCUGAGGGUGUCAGAGAUCAAAUACAGAACCUUGUGUGUGCCUAAUGUACUUGCCCCUAAGUUAACCCCACCCCACCCCAUACAUUCUACUUUUUAAAAAGAUUUUAUUUUACAUGAAUGGUUGUUUUGCCUGCAUGUGCCUAGUAUCUGUGGAGGCCACAAGAGGGCACUGGAUCACCUACAAAAGGCAUUACAGACAGUUCUAUCACAUGGGUGCUGGGAAUCAAACCCCAGAUCAUCUGCAAGAGUAGCCAGUGCUCCUAACAGCUGAGCCAUCUCUCCAGCUCCUUUUACUUUCUUUUGAGAUGGGGUCUUGCUUGCUUUGUUAUCCAGGCUGUCGUCAAACUGUCACCCUGCACCAUCCUCUCUCAUGCUUUGAUUACAGAGUAUACCACUUCUGACUCCACAUAUUUGAUGCUUAACAAUUUUCUGACUUUUUGAGUAGAGGCCAGAAUGACAAUGUAUAAAAGUCUAUGUCCACACUCCAAUUAGCAAAUGAAGUACAAAAAGCUCGUGUUACUCUAACAUUCCACAGAAAGGUAAGACUAUCCCUGUUAUCACACAAAAGAAAUUAAGACAAAGCCACUGGGUCUUCUUUGUGAUUGGUAUGCAUACUACCAGGCAAAAACGAUGUGUAGCUAUCAAGCCAGUCAUGGUGGUGCACACUGCUAGUCCCAGGACUCGGGAGGCAGAGGCAGGAGGAUCUCUCUAAGUUUGAGGCCAGCCUGGUCUAAAUAGAAAGCUCCAGAACUGUCUCAAAAAAACAAAACAGAAAACAACAAAAAAUGGGCAGGUAUUGACCUCACCAGAAUCUCAAGUGGUAUUCUGCGUUAGGUUUUGACAAACUUAACAUGGUAGUUUAAUGUAUCUUGAUCCCCAUACACCCUCAAAUCAUUGGCAGAACAUGCAAGGAAAAAAACCCAUACAACAAAUAGUUCUAGAGAGCCAUGGCCAGAUAAGACUUGGCAAAACUUGUAUUGAAUUGUUCAGUCUGCAGACACAUGUAAAUCUUAAGUAUUUAAACUACACCUAGUAGUACUCAGAAAUUCAAUUUUUAAAAAAUUUCCAUUUGCGCAUGCCUUUAAUCUCAGCACUCGGGAGUCAGAGCCAGGCAGAUCUCUUGUGAGUUCGAGGCCAGCCUGGUCUAGAGUAAGAUCCAGGACAGGCACCAAAACUACAGAGAAACCCUGCCUUGAAAAAAAAAAAAUUACAUUCUUUAUGUGUAUGUGUGUAUCUGUGUGACUAUAUGUCAUGUCUAGGCAGGUGCCGUGAAUGCCAAAAGACAGCAAUGGAUACCCUGGAGCUGGAGUUAUAGGUUGUGAGCCACCACAGGGGCAGCAGGGAGAUGUGAACCAAACUCAAGUCCUCUGGAAGGGCAGCAUGCUAAGCUAUCUUUCCAGCUCCAUGAAACUUUAUAUAAUCUAAGUGGCUAAUGACUACUACAACUUGAUAGUAAAAUUAUAUGAAAAAAUUUUUUCCUUUCACUUCUCCAUAAUAAAUAAACCCUGGGAAAGGCUUAAGUAUUCAACCAGUUAGAACUGCCAAGGAGUAAACAGAUGUUUUUAUUUCUAAACUUCAGUUCUUCCAUGAGAAGCUUCAUAUUAUAGGUACAAAAUUCCUUUCAUUCACCAAGAUGAAGUUUCUCAACAGACUUUCCGAGUCCCAUGAGACAUCUCACUCUAAAUGCUCCUGAACUUUAUCUGCUAUUUGAACUCCUGCUCUGUACCAGGAUAUGGUGAUCAAUGUGUUCCUACUAAAGAAGUGAACCUUAAUUCAGUUGUGCUAAGCACUAUGAAAGGCCAAAUAUACUCUAAUGUAUAAACAUCAGAGUACUAUAGAGAGAGGAUGGCUAUCCCAAAUGGAGGGAAAGGGAAACACACCCAUUAGCCAAAAAGGCAGCUCUGAGGAUUGAGCAAAGCUGUGGAGGAAACCCGAAGAGUAAGUGAUGGGAACCACUCAUGCAGAGCCUUGUAGAAGACUGUGAAGGGAUUUUUUAGAAGACACAGACUUAUAAGCUCAUUAAUUUUUCUUUAGAGAUCACUGAUGGAAAAGUAAGAACAGAUCAUAGAUGAGGUCUAAAACAAUACCUUGUAGAUAGGAAAGGGUUCACAGAUAAAGAUUAUCAGGUGGCAGUCUGGGGGGAGGGCUUAAAUCUCUGAAAUCGAUCAAGCUGACUUUUCUAUUCAACAGUGGCUGAGCACCUGCUGUGGGCCAGGCCAUGUCUGAAUGAAAUAGUACAGAACACGGGAUGACAGAGUCACUUGGAGAUCUUAAAGAGACUACUGAGAUGAAUAUGAAAGGUAGGUUAGGAACAUAGGUCUGAAAUCAAAGUUCUGGGGUUAUUACUGCAUUGCCACCACCACUUACUUUCACUUAAAGAUUAAGAAUGGAAAUCCUGAUGAUGUUAAACACACUUGCAAUCCCUAGGACUUGAGAGGUAAAGGUAGCAGGAUCAAGAAUUUAAAGUUAUCCUCUACUACACAGUGAACUCAAGGAUAGUCUGAGUUACAUGAGUACCCCUCAAAGGAUUGAGGACCCAAGUUCCAUUGCCAGCACCCACAUUGUGGCUCAUGUCCCAAGGGGUCCAAUAUCUUAGAUACCAGGCACAAAUGUGGUCCACAUACACAUAGGCAAAACACUAAUACAAAAAAAAAAAAAAAAAAUCUUAACUUUUUUUUUUUUUUUUUUAAGCAGAACUACACUAGCCAGGUAUGGUAGCACAUACCUUUAAUGUCAGUGGUGGCAGGUGAAUCCAUGAGGGUUCAAGGCCAGCUUGGUCUACAUGAUGAGUUCCAGGCCAGCUAGGAUAAACAAUGAGAUACUCUCUCAAAAAAAAAAACAAACAAAAAAUCAGAACUACACAUCAGUUGCUACAGAGAGAGUGAAUGUGAGGGAUGAUGAGAACUGAGGGAAGUUGCUGGCCCAAUUUGGGGGGAGAGGGAGUCAGAGGCCUUUUGCUUCCAUGAUUUUCUUCCUGUGCAGCUGGCUGGGUGAGGCAGAGCCCUGGGUACUGACCCAAGCAAGGCUCAGCCAUAGCAGCAGCAUUCUGUGAAACACUCAUACAAGGGAAAGUAAAUGCUGACUUAAAUAUUUUCACUGCCUGGGAGAAAAGCAGCCAGGUUCCUUGAAAACUUCCUGGUGUUAGUACAAUGCCUUUGUGGGGUUGGGAGAGAGGCACAGAACUACUAAGUACUAAGGCUCUGCUCUGCUUGGCACAAGCUCUUGUAACAAAGCCUUGCUUCAUCUUUUAGGUCUGCCUGAGACAGCCUUUGACCUACUACUUUCCUCUGAUUUCCAGCCACACAGUGAAGACAGGCACAGAAAACUAUGCAAUGUACUGCAAGGAGCUUUUCCCAAGGACAGAAAGAGGUUGGUUGUCUGCAAAAUGCUACCCCACCCCCCCAAAGGGAAGCAGUCUGCCUAGGUUUGUGGUUUUUCAGAAUUUCACUCAGUAGGACCUUGGGGAGUUUUUGUCCUUGGAAAUUUGAGAGAGAGAAAAGAAAAAAAAAAUACAUAUCCCAGGGAAGAAUCAAUUAUUUGUCAAAAGAAUCUGUGCUAGGGAUGCUUUUGUUAGAGUGGGCCUAUGUCAAGGGAACUCAAGUGCAGGAAAUCCACUCCAAGAACUCACAGGAUGAACAAAAGUCUGGCAAGGUGAAUUCUAAAAAGUGCUUCAGUUUGAUGGACCUUUAAGGAUCCAGACCAAAUAGAAUUCACAUAUCCAUCAUUAUCUCUGCUAAUCCAUAAGACCAAAUGAUUUUAUUUGGCUCUCCCAGUAAUUAAAGGAACUGAAGUUUAGAAAUACUAAAUGAUUUACCAUACCUCCAGUAAAGAAAAAGCCCCACCCCAAUUCCUGAUGCUUGUUUACCUUAGGAAACUGAAGGACAAAAAACUGAAACACAAAUCAACAACUGGCAAAGGUCCUGAAAAGCUAGAGUCCUGCCCCCAUAACACAUCAGAAAGAGAAGUUCUCAUUCUUCAUAUAGCAAGGCCAACUGGGCAGCUGGCAGUGGCCCAAGCUGGCCAGGAUGGAACUAUCAAGAGGGAGACGUGAACCAGGUGUAGCAGCACUUGCCUUUAAUUCCAGAACUUGGGAAGCAGGAGCAAGUGGGUAUCUGUGAGUAUGAACCCAUCCUGGUCUACGUAGUGAGUUCCAGGACAGCCAGAGCUACAGUCUUGCCGGGCGGUGGUGGCGCAUGCCUUUAAUCCCAGCAAUUGGAAGGCAGAGCCAGGCGAAUCUCUGUGAGUUCAAGGCCAGCCUGGUCUACAGAGUGAGAUCCAGGACAGGCACCAAAACUACACAGAGAAACCCUGUCUCGGGGAAAAAAAAACAACGGUCUUAAAAAAAAAUAAAAUAGGAGAAAUGAAGCUGCAGGCAGGGUCUAGGUCAGGCUGAGAGAAGCAGUUCUGCCCUUAGGGCUUACAUCUCCAAGUUACAGGGCAAUCCUGGGACAUGUCAUACUUCCCCUAUUUGCUCUUCAAGAGACAGGGCUCCUGGGGCCUAAGAUACAUCCAUAUAUUUGCCUUCCUACCUUUCUAGAGUGCUGUUUGGUUUUUUUUGGGACAGGGUAUUUAUUAUUCUAUCUCAGGAACUUAGUAUGUAAACUUGGCUAAGAUCAAAUUUCUGGCAAUCCUCCAAUCUCCCAAGUACUAGAUUCAAGGCGUAAGCCAUUACAAGGGGCUUUACAUUGCUAAACUCUUAAACUCAUUGGCUGGGAUAAUUCUAGCCUACAAAUGACCAUUCUUGAGUCCUGUAGUACCACUCUAGAAUCCAGAAUAUGGUCCUUGAAUGUCACUCAGGUUUUUUUUGUUUGUUUCUUGUUUUUGUUUUUUGUAUACAAAUGGAUGCUAAGGCAGUUAAGAGCACUGGCUGCUUUUUAGCAAGGGGAAAUGGUACAUACCUUUAAUCCCAUAUGCUGGAGGCAGAGGUAGGAGAAUCUCUCUAAGUUCAAGGCAAGCCUGAUCUACAUAGCAAGCAUAGCGACAGCCAGGGCCUACAAAGAGAUACUGUCACCACCACCAACAACAAAAAUAAAUUAAAAGAACAUUGGCUGCUUUUGCAGAGGACCUGAGUGUCACACACACACACACACACACACACACACACACACACACACACACACACACACGAACAUGCAUGCAAAACAUAGUUUAAAAAAGAAAUGAACCAGUUGGGGUAGAGAAGGCAGAGGUGAUAUAUUCAAGAGAUAGUUUCCAUAAAACAUUUACUACCAAGUGCCCAUUUUAUGUAUUGCAGGAAGUAAAUUGGGCUUGUAAUGGUUAGAGCUCAGCAGUAGAAACUGGGGCAUAUAUUUUUAUUUUUAUAUAUUUAUAUAUUAUAUAUAUUUAUACUGGGGCAGAAAAUUUCCUAUCUGUCUCACAGUUUUAUGUAAAUGGUCCAUGAAUAAGCAAAGAAAUUGGGCAAGUACCACAAAAUACACACUCUCGGUACACGUAGCCUUUACCAUUGCCAAAUGUCACAGCAGAGAUGGAGCUAUACAGAAAAAUACUGAUCUAGAGGGAUAUUGUAAAAUAGCCAAAGACUGAAGAACAGGCAAAUAUAGCCAUAGCUCACCACCCCCACCCCCUUAGUAAAAUAUAGGUACUAAAUCUAGUGUUUUAGUAUGCCAUAUGCCAAGUACUCUUCUCUUUGUUGAGAGAGAAUCCUCUGCUUGAAACUUGUAAGUUCCUAGGCUGACCUUGAAUUCACUCCAUAUAGCUCAGGCAACCCUUGAACUUCUGAUCCUCCUACCUUAGUCUCAUGAGUAAUUAAAGAUUACAGAUAUGGCCGGGCGGUGGUGGCGCACGCCUUUAAUCCCAGCACUCCGGAGGCAGAGGCAGGUGGAUCUCUGUGAGUUCGAGGCCAUCUUGGGCUACAGAGUGAGUUCCAGGAAAGGCGCAAAGUUACACAGCGAAACCCUGUCUCGAAAAAAACAAAAACAAAAACAAAGAUUACAGAUAUGUACUAGUAAGUACAUGUUAUUCUUCCUGCCCAACAACCAGUAAGAUUUACUAAGGACUACUGUCUACAAAGGGAAAUUACAAAUAUAUUCAGGAUGUCUUGGCACUAACUCAAGUACCAGGCAGGGCUUUUACCAGCUCACCAGCCCCAGGAAAAUACAUACCUGAGAAUGCAGAUUAGUCCCUUGAACUGUGGGGUUGUGACAUGGAAUGGUAUAACAUCGGAAAGGGCACCGACAGAUCCAAAUGCAAAGGGAAAAGGGGAUCUAACAUGUUUCAAAACAUCAGUGUAGUGUGCCUGAAACAGUAGAACACAACAGACUGAGAUGGAAGGCUACAGGAGGGUGUAUAGUGGAGGGAGUUCAGAAAUUGAGUUACAUGACGAGUUGUAGAAAUUAGUUAAUUUGAAACAUCACACAAACAAGAAGGUAAAAUGAGCAAUAAGAUAAAUCUGAAAUUUUUCCUGCUGAAUCUGAGCUGAAGAUACAAAAUGGGGAAUUUCUGAGUAUAGCAAGCCCUUGAAUUCACUGGCUCACUUAAGUGUACUGGAGACAGGAAGAUGACAAGGAACAAAAUGUAAGAGCUCUCUGGAGUCUCCUAUAUCAAGAGGUCAGAGAGGGAAAGAGAAAACUCAGAAGAGGUUGGAAGGCCCUGGAAGACUAUAUAACUAUGUUAAAGCUAAGAACUGAUCAGGGGUUGAGAUUAACUGCAAAGCACCACAAGAGUUUUUGUAGACAAAAAUGACCUUCAUUUUGAUUGUGGUGAUAUCACCACCACUUGUUAAUGUGUUUGUCAAAAUGUAUUGACCUGCAUUCAAAACCAGUGCAUUGUAUGAAAUUAAGUGAAUUAAGCUAAGUUUAAGACAAUGCACCUGUAAUCUCAGCACUGAAGAGGUACAGGCAAGAGGAUCAGAAGUUCAGAGUCAUCUUGUGUUAUAUAGUGAGUUCAAAACCAAUUUGGGGAGAAAAGUAAUCAGCAGGCUUAUUCAGCAGUGUGUCACACUUAUUUGCCAGCCAAAAUAUGCCUACUGAUACAAUAACGGCAUGACUGCUCUGAUGAGGACACCAACCAUUUUGUGAUUGGAUCAGAGCCCCACUCCACAGAAGAGAAUUCUCACCUAGUCAAAGAGACCUAUGACUAGGGAAGUCAUAGACCCUAAACAGAAAGCUAUUACUGUUGUUUUUAAACAAACAUUUUGUGCCCUUAUAAAGAAGCAUUCAUGUUUGUGCCCAAAUAGUGCUACUGUCAGCUUUGGUCAAAGAAACUUCUUUUUGCAGAUGACAGCAAUUGUGGUUGAGACUUGUUAACUGGUCAAGUAUGAAGAAUUAACUGUGUUGAAUACUCAGCCCUAAAUGGGACAUCUGUUACACUUACCAUCCAGAAUUAAGGAAAUAUCAAUGAAGAGGGCACAUAAAAGAACGUAAGAGCUGGGUGGUGGUGGCACAUGCCUUAAUCCCAGUACUCAAGAGGCAGAGGUAGGAGGAUCUCUGUGAAUUCGAGGCCAGCCUAGUCUACAAAGAGUUCCAAGAUAGCCAGAGCAGUCAUACAAAGAAACCCUGUCUCAAAACAAACAAAAAAAGAAUGUAAGAGUGAGGGGAGAUGGCACUGGGAAAUGCUGUCUUCCUAACUUGGUUGUUAAACUAAUGAACUCACAACAGCACCGAUUACUUCAUUAAGGCCUGCACAAAAUUGGGACUAUCAACAUUCCACUAUAUUAUAGAUCCUCACCAGUAAUAUUGCUAGGGGAGGGAGACACUUUCUUCAGUAGUAGAGCCACUGCUAAGUUACCCACGCUGCUGUAAGCAGUCCUAAAUAAACUUCCUGGGACCAAAAAGAAAACCAAGUAGAAGGAUAGUGAAUUAGAUGGGAAGAAAAGGAUCAAUGAAAGUUGAAGAGUAACAAGAGAAGAGAAGUAAGGGGCUGAAGAGUAGACUCGGAGAUUAAGAGCUGCUUACUGCUCUUCCAGAGCUAGGUUUUCCACACUUACACUGGGCAGCUCACCACCUUUUAAGUCCCACUCCAAGGGAUCUGAUGCCCUCUGUUGGCCUCUGAUGAGACUGCAUUCAUAUGCACAUAACACACACCCACACACAGAAAUCCAAAAUUGUACAGUUAGUAUAGACUAAUAAGCUUUGCGCCUUUAAUCACUGAGCCAUCUUGACAACCCUUGUUUUUAAAUGAACAAGUAUCAGGAAGUGAUGGGACAAUGUAAAACAUGUAGAUGUAGUAGUAUUGGAAUCCUGAAGGGAGGACAAAGUAUUUGAGGAAAUAAACACUUUUAAUUUGUAUGUAUGUGUAUGUGUGUGCCUUAAGAGGCAGAGGUCCUGGAACUGGAAUUAUGGGCAGUUGUGAGUUGCCUAAUGUGGGUAUGUCAAACCAUCUCUCCAACCCCUUGAGGAAAACUUUUAAGAUCCUGUAUCUUAGAAAAUCAUUGAAAAAAAAUUUUUUUGAGAUAGUUUCUCAGUAUAGCCUUGGCUGUCCUAGAACUCAUUCUGUAGACCAGGCUGACUUCAAACUCAAGAGACCUGCCUGCCUCUGUGCUAGAACUAAAGGCAUGUUCCACCACCACCUGAUGAAUAAAAAAUUUAAUAAUAAAUAACAAAAAAUGUAGGACUGGGUUUAGUGGCAUUAGCCUCAGCAAUCCAGAAAGCUGAGGCACGAAGAUCCUAAAUUCAAGGCUAGCCUGGGCUACAGAGAGUUAACCCAGUUAACUUAGCCAGCCAGACCUUGUCUUAAAAGUCUGGAGAUGUAUGUGUUUAGGGUUAGGGACAUUACACUUAGCAUGCACAAGGCCCCUGGGUUGAUUCCUCAACACCAAUUUUUCUUUAAAUUUACAUCACAUUACUAUUCUGCUUAAAGCCCUGCAACACAAAUUCAUCCCAUUUUUAAAAGAGACCUGAAAUGAUCAGUCCCAUCCCUGCCUUCUGGACCAUUCCUGUUACCUCCCUCCUUACUGUUGUUAUAACGGACCAGGUAUAUGGUGUCUCUGCUAAAGCUAUCUUACGUACAACUCUCUCCCCAGGUAUCUGUUUGCCUCUCAUUUUAAAUUAAAUUUUAGCUAUAUUUCUCUCUUAAAAAAAAAAGUUAGACCUCACUAUAAAAUCAUGGACAUAUAUUCACUGCUUAAGUUCUCCACAUCCUCUAACACUACUAUGCACUACAAUGCUAUAUAUCCUAAUUCUCUUAUUUACUGUCCUUAAUUUUAUAAAGCUUAUUUGGAUAAGCUUUAUAUUAACGGAGCUUCCAUUAAGCCUCAGUGGUGAAGACAUCAUGUAGGACAAACAGAACAGUCUUUUAAAAUGAAAAAUGACAUGGCUUAGUGCAGAACUAACUCUGGAGUGGUAGAGAGAAAAGCUGGAUUAAAAUAGGUUUAAAAGAAAAAUAAAGGAAGGGGCUCUGCCAUUUAUCCUGACAACCUGAGUUCUAUCCCUAGGACCCAUACUGAAGAACCAACUCUUACAAGCUGUCUGCUGACCACCACAUAUAUGCCACAGCACACACAAGCACCUCACACAUACAAAAAAUAAUGUAAAAAACAAAAACAACUGAAGCAAUAACUGGAAAGCAAACAAUAGAAAAGGUUUUGCUACAAACAGGAGUGAAAAAGUAGCAGAGUCAGGGUUUCUCUGUUUAACAGCCCUGGCGAUCCCGGAACUCACUCUGUAAUCCAGACUGACCUCGAACUCAGAGACUGGCCUGCCUCUGCCGCCCAAGUGCUGGGAUUUAAGGUGUGCACCACCACCACAAAAUUUAAGACACUUUUUUUUUUUUUUAAGGAUGAAGAGGCCAAACAUGGUGGUAUACAGUUUUAAUACUAGCAGGGUAUUGAGGGGCCGAGGCAGACAAAUCUCUCAUGAGUUGUAGAUCAGUGUGAUCUACAUACCAAUUUCCAGGACAGCUAAGGCUACAGAGACCCUCUCAAAAAAUAAAUAAAUAAAUAAAAAUGUGGGUCUGUUUCAAACUCUGGCCUCACACACAUACAAUCUUUUGCAUGAACCCCUUCCUCAACACACAACAGAAAUGUGGCUUGAAGCAUUUGCCAGCAUUCAUGAAACCCUAGGUUCAGUCCCUAGUACAAAACUAAAUGUAAAAACUGUGUUCCUGAUACAAACUAGGUUUGCAUGUUGCCCACCCAAAAUGCAAACUAUUACUAGACUGAGAAGGAACAGGUGAGGAGAGGAAAUGUUUACCCAUUAAGACUAACAGGCUCUCUGGAUUCAAUUCUGAAGAGCAGACUCUGGAUAUUAUAUGAUAAUUGACCUAGAAAGAACUACAGGUUCUGACAGUAAAAUCCUUAACCAAGUUCCUCCAAAAGAUAAAGCAUCCUGAUUACAGCAAGUCUAUUAAUAAUCAAAACACUCCAGCCCAAUUUAUUCCAUGCCUGAUUCUGCCCCCAGAGGUUGUACGUUAAAUUGGUCUAGAGCAAUAGUUUCCCUGGAGAUGAAGGUGUUAAUUACAGGGUAGGAGGCAUCCUUCAUUCCAAACAAAACAAAACUAAAAAACACAGGCACAGUAGUGCAGGCCUUUAGUCCCAGCAUUUAGGAGGCAGAGGCAGGAUGAUGUGAGAGUACAAGGUCAGCCUAGUCUACAGAGCAAGCUUCAGGACAGAACUACAGAAAGACCCUACACCUCAACACCACCCAAAAUAAAAAGCCACAAUUCCCUAGCCUUGCUGUAGCUGAAACUUUAUUAUUAUGUAUGUGAUGUAUACGUAUAUCAAAAUGUACACAUGUGAAAGCCAGAGGACAACUUUCAACAGUCGGGUCUCUCCUUCCACCAAAGGUUCUGGGGAUUGAACUCAAGUUAAUCAUCUUUAACUCACUGAAACAGCUCACUGGCCCUUUUUAACUACGUGGUCAUCGAAAUAGCAAAGUCAGCCACUCACCUCACACUGUUUAUCAAAUAAAUUUAAAAUAUGGGACUAGAAUGAAAAAAAGCUCAGGAGUUAAACAACUGCUGCUCUAGCCAAGGACCUGGGUUUCCUUCCCAACAUCCCUAUGUCAGUUUACAAUGGCUGGUAACUACAGUUUAAGGGGAUAUGAUGCCUCUCUUCAGGACUUGAGGGUAACAGCAUGCACAUGGCGCACUGUGAGUGAGUGAGUGAGUGAGUGAGUGAGUGUGUGUGUGUGUGUGUGUGUGUGUGCGCGCACGCGCGUGUGUAUGUACACAAAAUAAGCAAAAAUUUAAAAUGUAAAUUGUACAAAAGUGUAAAAAGUGGAGCUAGUGAGAUUACUUAGUGGUUAGGAGCACUUACUGCUCUUGCAGGGGACCUGUCACCCACACAGUGACUUACAACCAUCUAAGUCCCAGUUCUAAGGAAUCUCAUGCUCUUCUUCUGACCUCUGAAGGCACUAGGCAUGAACAUGGCACACAGACAUUCACGUAGAAAAAACACAUACAUGAAACAAAAGUAAAUCUUUUUUGUAGAAAGGAACAAUAUUCUUAUGGUCAAGUAUAAAAAAACUCCCAGUCUAAGACAAAACACUAGUUAUCUGAAAAUGCCCAAAGCUCAGAUACUAUGGAUAUGUAAUUAAACUUUCUUACCUGACAAAUCAUUAAGUGAAAUAUCCAAGAGCUAUCAUUGAUAUCCAAUUUAUAUAUACCAAUUUAAAAACAAGGUGGAAGUUAGACAUAAGAAGAUUUAAAAAAAAAAAAAAAAAAAAGCUAAGCAUGACCACACAGGUCUGUGGUCCCCGGCACUUGACAGGCUGAAGCAGGAUUACAAGUUCAAGGUUAGCCAGGGCUACAGAGGGAGAUCAUGUCUCAAAAAACUGAAAAAGGGAAGAAGUGGGUGGCAUAUUCCUACAAUCCCAGCACUUCACUGGCAGAAGCAGGACUCCAGUUUCAGGCCUGACUGGGCUACAUAGCAAGAAGCAAAACUCGAAAUUCAACAGGCUCUUGAAAAAUGAUUCACUUCAUCUGUUAUAAAAGCAGAUGCAGAGGCAGGUGGAUCUUAGUGAGUUUGAGGCUGCCCUGGUUUACUUGGCAAGUUUCAGGAGAGUCAGGACUACAGAGGGCCCUGUCUCAAACCACAUGCCCACUUUCCUUUUUUGUGUGUGUGUACUUAUUUUGUGUAUGUAUACACACACACACACACUCUCUUCAAGCCUGCAAGUCCUCCAUAGUCUGGUAGGCCAGCACCAUGAGCUCCAUUUGUACCAGGUAUGACCUGUCAACCUCUACAUUCUCUCCUGAUGGAAGUUGAAUAUGCCACGAAUGCUGUGGAAACAGUAAAAAGCUAUUUGGAGAAGAUGUAAGGUAGUGCUGUAUUUGAAGCAGAAAAAUUAGUUCUUUGGAAACUUUAGGAAGGCUCCAAACUUUUUUUAAUGCUGAUAUGACAGGAGUAUAUUUACUGUCAGAUGCUUGUUCCUUAGCAGAGCUGGAGAAGCAGCAUCCAACUUUCUAUCUACCAUUUCUCGAAAUUCUAGAUGUCUCUCGAGUCUAGAACAUCUUAUGGUCAAGAGUAGUCAUGUAUGUAUAUGCUUAUACACAUUAUGGUGCGACUAGACCUUUGGGCUACAGUUUCAUUUUGAGGUCUUACAGUGCAAAUGAUAAUACAGAGCUCUGUAGGACUGACCCAUCAGGUAUUUCAUAUAGUUAUUUAUUGGGGCUGUGCCAACUGGCAAAGCCAGGAAAGCUGCAAAACAGAAAUAGAAAAGCUUCAAAUGAAAGAAAUGACCCUCCAUUGCUGCGGGCCGCAGGAAUAUAUCAUAAGAACUCAGCUGGUUAUGGCAAAGUCACUACCUGGAGGGGUCAGGGAAUUCCUCCAGAGGAAGCCAAAUCCCAAGGAGUUUUUGGUGUUACUUGGCUUGUUAUAUAUCAGCUGUAUUCUGUUAUGAAAAUCAUGUGUGCCUUCAUAGUUUUCCCAAUUGACUUUUCCCUAAGAAGGACUAACAGUGUGGACUGAUUACUCUCUAGACAUACACAUUCCAGGCAUUUGGAGAACAGCCUCAGGAACGGCUUUCUCUGGAAUCAGAUAUCUCCCCUAGCCAUUUUCAAGGACUAAAGGAGACAUCACCCAGGUGGUCACCCAACUUCCGAGGACUAACAGUGAUAACCACCCACAGGGGAGUCUCCUGACUUAAGGUAAAUUCCACGAGGAGACACCGCCCAGGUGGUCGCCCAAUUUCCGAGGACUAACAGUGAUAACAGCCCACAUACAAGUCUCCUGACUUAAGGUAAAUUCCACAAGGAGACACCGCCUAGGUCAGGUAGACAUUAAGUAAUAGCUUUACACAAUUCAGCUCAGACCCUCCUUUCUUACAGCCUUACUAACUUUAUAGACCUCUAACUCCUUACCUAACCACUUCUAGGAAUAUUUGGAUAACCUUCUGUGCUAACACCUAUGCUCAGCCAGAACUCCCAGUUCAAGCCUCCCUGUAAUUAUCCUUAUUGGUAGCAUCCGGCCAGGUCCAUCACCGGAUGGAGGAAAGUACCUUAUCAGAGAUACCUCUGUACUCUCUAAGAACAGACUUAAUCCAGGCUAC